CUCCCCCUCCAUCUUGCUGGGGCCAGGAAGCUAGGUUGCUGCUGACCUAUGCCAUCUUCUUAACUGGCCGCCACACCUAUUGCUCCUGUCUUCUCUUCUGGGACCCCAGAACCCUGAGAGAUCUCAGCCUGUUAGCAUGAGUCCCCAGGUUCCCACCCUGCUCUUGGGUCUCCUCACAGUGGCUGCUGCACAGAUGUCCCCAGAUGAACCCACAGCCCAGGAUCCUAACUGUGGCCCCCUGCCUGUGCCCUUGCCCCUGCCCAUCCUCGUUGGGCUUGUGGCAGCUGACGCGGUGCUGUCUUUGCUCAUCGCGGGUGCCGUGUUUGUCUGUGCUCGGCCCUGUCGGGCUCCCCAGAUGGCAGAGAAGAACAAGGUCUACGUGAACAUGCCCGGGAGAGGCUGAGCCCCGUGGCACCCCUACUACCACCUUGUGGACCCUGGAAUCCCCAUCCGACCAAGGAUAACUUUCCCCUUGAACUACCCCCAUUGGCAAGUCCACCUUCACUCUGGAAAUAAAGGAAUUCAUUCUCC